CCCAGUAAUUUUCAGUUUUUCUGCAACAGCCAAAUCGUCCGGAUCCGCGGCUAGUCUAUUCACCUGUGUCAAUAGUGCUGAUUGUUCGAUACCCCAUUCGCAUUCAAUUUUUAUCGUGAAAGUUAGUGAACGAUAAUUAUAAACUGAUCAAUCGUACUUCGCAAACUACAGCUCCGUCGAGUUUGUCUGUGUCAUGAAGUGUUGAUGAACGUAUUUUGUUUAUUGAUCGAGUAAAUAUGGGGAAGAUGUGGGUGUUGUUCCUCUUCGUUUUGAUUAGUGCAAUCCAAGUGAAUCGACUGCUUUGUGAAGAGGAAAAGACAAUGGCCAAAUCAUCGAGCGCUGCUACUGGAUCAGAAUCAUCAGCAGUUUCUGCGAGUUCUCACAUUCAUGACAUAAGUACGGUACUUGCUCACAACGAUACAGUAACCAAAGAUGAUCAUAAUGUCACGAUUGGAGAAACCGGAAGCCAUGAAUCAACGCCAGCUGUCAACAGCACGACUGGGGCAACAGUAGGAACCAGCAAGUCUCGACUGAGUUCCAAUGGGACAUCUGAAGCUGCUGCGAAUUCAACAUCGGGAUUAAUCCCAACAACUGGACCUCCAUCUUCCAGUAAUAGUACUGCUAACACUGCUUCGGUAGGACACACCCUUGCAUCAACCACAGCAGAGCCUGGAACUGCAAAUCAGACGACGAUAGCCCAUCAAAGUAUUAAAAUUUCUAAUGACACGUUGAUGGGGAAUUCGACUGGGCAAUCGACGAAAGCAGGAUCAUCAACAUUAUCACAUGAUGCAUCGUCUACAACCCCCAUCCUAAGGAACGGAACCACUACCCCAUCGCCUGGAACCACUACCGAGGUGCCUUCAACGACUCAGAGUCAACAGGCAUCGAAAACAACACAGCACAGUUUAUCUGUUGAUCCUUCAAAUUCCACAGGAUCUCAUCUUCCAUCGACUACGAAGAGUCCUGGCACAACGCACUUUCCAACAAAUUCAACUACGACACAUUCAACACAGACACUGCAUAACUUCACUGCUCCCUCAUUGAAGAAUGACAGUACAUCUACGAUUCCCUUAAAUCAAACAACAAUUAUAAGUUCAGUGAACGUAACUACCUCAACUGCAACCCCCUCUGUUUCAACCGCAGUGAAUAAUUCAACUACAACUUCAGAAAAAAUGCAUAUUACGAGUCCUGGACAUCAUGAGACAGGAGUGAAUUCCACAGUUAAUCAUAAUGUGACGGAAGGUGUUCAUGUCAAUGCAACAGCAUUCGCGAACUCAACAGCAUCAACUGUUCUACAUAAUUCAACAUUGCAUGUGAACGCGACAGGAACAACGCCUCUUUAUAACUCUACAACUUCUGUUAACUCUACCACAUCAACUCAUUAUAAUUCUACAGUACUUGCCAGCUCCACAACCCCAACAUCUCCCCAUAACUCGACAUCACAUGUGAACACGACAACGCCAAUUCCUCUUCGUAGUUCUACAUUGCCUGUCAAUUCUACCGCACCACCUAUGCAUCAUAAUUCUACAUUAUCUGCCAAAACUACGGCAUCAACUCCUUUUCCUAAUUCAACGUUGCCUGUCAACUCGACACCUCCAACACCUCUUUAUAACUCUACAGUGUCUGUUAAUUCUACGACAGCAACGCCCCUUCAUAAUUCUACAUUGUCUGUCAAUUCUACGACAGCAACUCCUCUUCAUAAUUCUACAUUGUCUGUCAAUUCUACGACAGCAAUUCCUCUUCAUAAUUCUACAUUGCCUGUCAACUCUACGACAGCAACUCUUCAUAAUUCUACAUUAUUUGUCAAUUCUACGACAGCAACUCCUCUUCAUAACACUACAUUGCCUGUCAACUCUACGACAGUAACUCCUCUUCAUAAUUCUACAUUGGCUGUCAAUUCUACGACAGCAACUCCUCUUCAUAGUUCUACAUUACCUGUCAACUCUACGACAGCAACUCUUCAGAAUUCUACAUUAUUUGUCAAUUCUACGACAGCAACUCCUCUCCAUAACUCUACAUCACCUGUGAACUCUACAACAUUAACAACUCCUAUUCAUCCAUUGUCCACCAACGCAACCACGACUUCUGAAUCUCACUGUACGUCGAGUCACCUGUCAACAACAUCUCCUGAGAAAUCAUCAAAGGCGUCGCAGGACAGGACGAAGAUCACGUCGGAUGCUGUCUUCAAUUUUAAGAUCGAACACAAUGACACAGGCAGACCGUGUCUGUUGUCAAACAUGACCAUUGACUUGACAGUGUUGUACAAGAAGUCCGAUAAAUCGAUUUCGAAGGGCUCUCUACACGUACCUACCACAGCUGCAUCGAACGGAACAUGCGAUCAACAGAAUGCCCAACUGAUGCUCAUUUGGAAAGAGAAAGGAAAGUCGAAAGCGAAACGGGCAGUUGCCUCUCCCAAUAUCACUCUGGAUCAUGGAGAACAUAAUAUCUUGGUAUUCAAUUUCAUCAAUGACGGGAAGACCGCUAAACUUGACAAGGUUGAGGCAACAAUCUACCUCGAUAAAUACAACUUCCCAAACUCCACAGAAAAAACUCUGAGAGGAGAGUCACCCUCGGGUCUCGGAUUGAUUGGAGCUAAAGUCAAUGCUGGGGCUUAUGUCAGCAGUGUUCCCGUUGCUGUGACAGCAGGCGACGUUGAUAUCGCCAUCAGAAGAAUUGUAUUGAUAGCUUUCGACUCCAAAAGAAAGCCUCCUUCUGCUGAAGAGCUGAGAGCUGCCAAUCAGAAGCAAGAGUAAAUCUAGGCGCAGUCAUCGGAGGAUUCAUCGGAGUAGCACUGAUAAUCUGCUUCGCAAUGUACCUCAUAUCAAGACGAAAAAAAAAUUCAUUCCGAUCAUCGCAGAUCCCGUGAAUGUUCUAAAUAUCAAUAAUUCAAUUCCAGUUACGGAACUAUAAGUUCGUAUCUGAUACCCAAGUGAAAUUGAAGUACAUUAUGUAGUAAUUUUGUACGUCAUAAAAAAUGUUAGCUAGUGAGUCUUAAUUUCGUCACUCCGCGUAUUUGUAAUCAAUAUUAAUAUUCAUAUAAUCAAUAGCUGAUACGAUCUGAUACCAAAUAAAUUGAUAAUUAAAUAUUAUACCGCAAUUAAUUGAGUGAAUUUAUUUAUUGACUCUCCCAGAAGUAAAAUGAUUUCCACUAUACAGUGGAGGAAAA